UGAAGAUGAACUUAGUUUAUUCACUUUAUUGAUUUGUUUUCUUGAUGAAUAUCUUACAUUGGUAUGAAUAUGAACCUUUAAUAUUUAUUUAACAUAUGAGUAAUAGAAUUGAAUUAGGAUUUGAGCAAAAUAGAUUGGUUUUAUAAAAAAAUUAUAUAGGAACGCUUUAGUCGAUAAGGCGACGCUUUAUGCCUGCCUUAUCGCUAAGGCUUUCCGAAUGACCCUCAAACGCCUCCGUCGCCUUACCGCCUUAAAAACUAUGAUCUCAGCCUUCAACCAACAGUUGGAGGUGAUCUUUGGAGGAUCAAACCAGCACCCCAGGACCUCCAUUCGAUGGGAGUUUGGAGGCUGUUUGGCUUCUGGUUCAUGUGAUACAAGAAAUCUCCAGUUUUGCCCUAAUUCUGCCCUAAUUCCAGGAGAAUCUGUAUUUCCAUAUUCAGCCAUCAGUUCUGGAUGAUAAUUGAAGGUUUUAUCAAGACAAUCGGAGCCCCACUCGAUCAGAGUUUCAGCCCUUGCUGUGCUGUAAUUUGUGAGUUUUGAAUUUUCUCUUGUUUGACCUACUUAUGUCCAAGAAUCAGGUACUGCCAGUUUCCGUUCAUAGUCAGAUCCGGUUCUAAGAUUCAGCGAUUGUUCAUUUGUUUGGAGCUUUUGAUGUCAGGUCAUUCACCUAAGCAAACAACCCCAAUAAUUGUGCAAACUCUGUACCAAACUCAGAUUUAAAUCUCAGAUCUGAUCCUUAGGAAGAACAACUCAGGAUAAAGAAAACAAGCUGAAAUAAUAGAAAAAUUUCUAACUCACAAACCAGGGCUUGGAUGAGCCUCAGAUUUGGUUCGAAUCUGGCUGGGAACUCCUUCAAAUAGUCCUCCAAAUUUGGUUGAAUUCCUCCAAGUAGUUAGGAGACCAUUCGCUUUCCAGAGCAGGACAAAGAUUAGGGUUUCGCAGGCUUGAAGGAGAAAUCCUGCGGCUGCAAGAGGAGCCCUCCAAAGGGGCAGAAAUUCUGGUCGAGUGGCUCUCUUGGGGGCUGGAACAAAACCCUAAAAGGGCUUAGUGAUUGGCUGUCAGAUCUACCAUUAGACCCUUCUCUAAGAAACUUCACUUUUCUGCUGUAUCAAUUAGGGGAUUCUGUCUGUUAUUUAAGCUAACUGUUGCUGGUUUCUAAGGGCUUCAAUAGGCUUGAUUUAGUCACUCAAUCACUCAAUAAACAGAGGUAAAAUAUAAAAUAAAGAAAGGGAAGAGGGUGAGAAUCGAUUGAAGAAGAAAAGGGGGUAGGGAAAUGGCUAUCUCAACUUGGGUCUCUCACCCUUUAACUGUUUCAGUUGAUGAACUACACCAAUCUCAGGCUGAAAUAGUUGCAAGCAAACAGCUUUUUUUUAUUAAUUAAUGUCUGCCUGAAACAAUUGAUGGGGCUUUUAUAAAUAGCCUUGAUUGCUGAUUACAAUUUAGGAAACAUUGAAAAUAGGAUCUAAACUCCUAAAACUUGGAGACUAAGAAACAAAUAAAUAUAGAAAUAAAUAAACUCUAACUCAACUUCAUAACUAAUAUUCCCUAUUCUGAUUUGCUUGCUAUCUAAGAAUACUUAAUAGCUAGAAAGAGCUCUGUUUUGAGUUUAUUUAUUUUAUAUAGUGUAUAAGUGUGAUUAGGAGUCCUUUUAUGAGUCAAUUUAGGAAUUUUAGAUGGCUUUUCUAAAUGUAAUACACCCUCCAUCAAUUACAGAUGAUUUGAGUAAAGAAUAUUAGUUUUUUGUCUAAGACUUUUGGUGUUGUUGAGCAGUGGAUACGAGAUUGGUAUCUCAAACCUGAUUUCUUCUCUUCUCUUCUGUUCUUUUUAACUCCCUUCUUCCACACAUUUUCUCUCUUCUUCCUUCCAAGAAGAUCAAUCUCAUCUCUUCUCCCUCCCCUUCCAUCAACCUGAUUUUACCCUUAACAAUGCAGUGCUUCCUUUAUCUCAAAUCUGAUCACAGAAUUGAUGUGCCUGCUUGCAUCUGAGAGUCAUAAUCUGGAUUUUCAGAUUGCAUUAGGCAUUCUUGAAACCAUGAUAGAUUUUUCCCUUUCUGUUUGUGAAAUCAUAAGUAGCUUAUGCAAAGGACUCUAUUUCCUGUGGACUUCUAAUAUCAAUCACAAUUCCACAUAUUUCAAUUUUAGUGUAAGGCUACUGUAAUACAUAUGCAUUGGAACUUCCAUUUUAGUUGCAAAGGUCUUUUACAUUUCUGGUAGUAGGAUGGGUUGAGCAACCAAAAUUGAGGUUGCAGGUCGUGAAUUCAAGUAAUUUCAAUGACUUGCAGGGUUAAUCCCACUUCAUCUUUUUUUCUUUUCAUGAAUAAUGUCUUGGACUGUAUUCAGGUCAUAUGCUUAGUUCCUAAAUCUGGUGUGGAUGUGGGCAAGCAUCAUUGGAAGGUGGAAUUUUUUGUAUAUUUAUGCUGCUGCUAAUUACCAUGUUUGCAAACAAACAUGCACAUUAUUUGCUUGAAAACCCUCACUGCUCUACUGCCUCCCUUGAGUCAGAACAUGUUUCACUAUUCCUUAUGCUUGUUGAUUGCGCCCUUGCCCUUCAACAGUUAAAACCAGAGACCUUGGCACUAGUGGGUUUAUAUGGGACGUGAAACUUGUUUUGGUGGCUUUUUUUUUUACUAACCCCAUAGUUGCAAUUCUUUUCAACUUUAGUUCAUUUUAUUGUUUUUAGUAUGAUGAUAAGAGGAGGAAGAGUGGUGUGAGGAUUCACCAUGCCAUAUAAAAUAAUAGCCAGCUUCAUGUAUUGAGAUUUCAUGAUUUAGAAAAAUGCUUACUUCUGGAACUUGUGUAAAUUUUGCUGGAUUUUUUUCUUUACGCCUUUUAUUUUAUCUUCAAUUAGUACCAUAUUACCUUUUGUCAGUGACUUAAUACUCAUUUUUCAGAUGUCAUAAGUUCUUGGUAAUGGGUUUUUGAUGAAUGAACAGGAAGCACAACCUCGUAUAGUUAUUCCACUCUGGAAGGCCAAAAUCGAGGAACCAAGGUUUCAAAAGCCCGAUCCUACACUGGUCAUUUUCGACAAGUCCACUAAAACACGAUAUAAGUUUGCUUCUGCAAAUGAGGGUGACCAGCAGCAACUUCAGACCUUUCAUAGUGUUUGCAAGGGAAUUCACCAGGUACCAUCUUCUCCAUUGCCUGGUGCAUCAACUCUUCCUUCAAAUGCACCACCAUCUACUGCAGAAGAUAUAGAAUUAGCAAUGGCCAUAAAUGCUUCCAUUCAGUCUGCCAAUACCCAUCCAAGUGCUGGAGUGGACAACAUAAAUGGUUGGGCAAACCAUGUAGGUACUAGCAGUCAUAAUGGCUGGGGCCAAACAGGAGCUGCACCUCCUUCAAAAGCCAGUAGCAGUAGUGAUCCAAGUAGCAUUCCACCACAGCACAUCCACAGUCUGCACAAUACAAGAACUCAAAUGGUUCCUGAAACUGCUUCUUUAGUUCCAUCAGCUCCUCCAAUUCCUGAAGAGAUUGCAGUUGAUGACCCUAUUCUCUAUCCAUCAAUCGACUCGAUUUCUGUUGAUGUACCAGUUUCAACUGUGGAGGAUCGAAUAGCCAGAAAAAAUGAGGGGAAAGAUGGGAGGGCUUCAUCCUCAUGUGUGAUAUGUUUGGAUGCUCCAGUUGAGGGGGCUUGCAUCCCUUGUGGUCACAUGGCUGGAUGCAUGUCUUGUUUGAAAGAAAUCGAAGACAAGAAAUGGGGCUGCCCUGUUUGCCGUGCCAAGAUUGAUCAGGUUAUAAGGCUCUAUGCUGUGUGAGUAGUGAUUCAAAAUACAUAGAGCUGAUGGUGGUUCACAGCUAUCUGGAAUUUAAGGAUACUCAAAAGUUCUCUUUAUUCAUGGUCAGGGAGCUCAUCAUACUUCUUCACCUUGUAAUGCCUCACUGUACAGAUCACAAUUAGGCCAUCAAUUUGUAGAGUUGAAAAUCUAAGACUCAUAGAUAGACUGUUCAUCCCUCCCCUCCUCCAACCCCCCCCCCCUCCCGAGACUUAAAAAAAAAAGGCUACCUUAUUUGUCAUGAGGAAGUCUUUCCAUAUUGUUAUACAUACGGAUAAAGCAUUAUUGAUACAAAAGAAAGACUUGCUGAAGGAACCGAAGUUAUCUAUGCAUUAAUGAACAUUUAGGAUCUGGAUUAUUGAAGGAACCAAAGUUAUCAGUA